AUCACAGCGCACACCACACCACGCCGCCCCAGCAGCUCAGCACCUGCUCUGUGCCCCAUGGCCGGGAUGGGCGAGAGCGUGACCUAUGCUGAUCUGCGGUUCUCCAAGGCCCCCCCGGGAAGGAGUGUGAACCCCUGGGCGCAGGGGACAGCCCCCCCGGCCCCAGGCGAGGCUGAUGGGAGCUACGAGAACCUGCAUCUGGAUGCAGUGGGCAAGGGGCCAGCCAGGCACGGGGCCCAGCAGUGGAGAGAGCCCCGGUGGAGCACACGGCCCCUGCUCCUAGGCCUGCUGGCAGCCUGCCUGGCUCUGCUGGUCACCACCAUCGCCCUGGGGGUCUGCUACUGGCAGGAGAGGCAGCAGCUGCAGCAGGCAUCCCAUGCCCACACGGCCGAGCGCAAUGGCCUGUGGCAGCAGGUGGGCACGCAGGAGCAGCGGCUGGAGCAGGCAGGUGCGGCGCUGGUGCAGGCCCAGGAGGAGAUGGCACGGACCCGAGCGGAGCUGGCACAGGCCUGGCAGGAGGGGAACCGCAGCCGUAAGGAGCUGCACCACAGGGACACAGAGCUGCAGGAAACCAGGGUGCAACUGGACCAGAUGCAGAAACAGGCCUGGGACCUGCGGCAGCAGCUGAACAAGACUGAGAGCGCCCUGGCCAGUGCACGGCCCUGCCAGGUCACAGACUGCUGCCCGGAGACCUGGGUGCUGCACCGUGGGAAGUGCCUGUUCCUCUCCAAGGAGAAGAAGACCUGGCAGGACAGCAGAAAGGCAUGUGAAAAGAAAGACUCCCAGCUCCUCAUCCUCCAUAACUGGGACCAGAUGAAGAUGCCGAGCUUCCUCACUGCCACGGAUGCCUCAUACUGGAUUGGGCUCAUGAGAGACUGGGAAAAGCACCAGUGGACUUGGAUUGAUGGGACUGAAUACUCAGAUGUUUGGAAACUAGUACCUUAUGCUGCUUAUGGAGUAUUUAAAGGGGGCAGCAUAAAGGUACCAGAAUGGAGGGAGAAUAAAUUCCCCUGGAUCUGUGAGAAGAAGGCUAGCCGUCCAUGGGGAGCCACAGAGAGCAACCCUGGGGUAUGAAGACAGGAGGCUCCCUCCCUCCACUCCAGCAUGGCUGCACCUGAC